GAGAAAUUGGAAGAGGCAGGCAUCGAGAGGAGCCCAGACUGCAGCAACGGAGGUGGUGACACAUGGGGACUAGCUGCACAUCAUCAUGGCGUGCCUGCAUGAGACCCGCACACCUUCCCCCUCCUUUGGCAGUUUCAACACUAUCCUCGCUGAGAGCUCCCUCCGAAAACUGGAUCCAGAUGCUUCGGACUGCACCCCAGAAAAGGACCUUACACCAACACAGUGUGUGCUGAGAGAUGUGCUGCCCAUUGAUGGAGGCGGAGGCGGGGGUGGAGGACACAGCCCCACUCCCAGCGAGGAGACCCAUGACCAGUUUGCCAAUAGUGUCCUUCAGCUCCAUGAACAUGAAGCUGGGAGUGGAGGGGGAGGUGGGGCUGGGGCUGGGGCUGGGGCUGGGGUCGGGAAUCCUGAGGUGCGGCCCACCCGGUACCAUGCUGACCAGGUACGGAUCCACUGCCAGUCUGGGAGCGGCUUUCUGGAAGGCCUGUUUGGUUGCCUGAAGCCUGUCUGGACCAUGAUCGGCAAAGCAUAUUCCACUGAACACAAACAGCAGCAAGAAGAUCCAUGGGAAGUGCCCUUUGAAGAGAUUAUGGACUUGCAGUGGGUGGGCAGUGGGGCUCAGGGAGCUGUUUUCCUGGGACGCUUCCAUGGGGAGGAAGUAGCUGUCAAGAAGGUGCGAGACCUCAAGGAGACAGACAUCAAACACCUGCGGAAGCUGAAACACCCCAACAUUAUUACCUUCAAGGGUGUGUGUACCCAGGCCCCCUGUUACUGCAUCAUCAUGGAAUUUUGCGCCCAGGGCCAACUGUAUGAAGUACUGCGUGCCGGGCGGAAGGUCACCCCCUCCCUCUUGGUCGACUGGUCUAUGGGCAUUGCUGGUGGCAUGAAUUACCUGCAUCUCCAUAAGAUCAUCCACCGUGAUCUCAAGUCACCCAACAUGCUGAUCACCUAUGAUGAUGUGGUGAAGAUCUCCGACUUUGGCACCUCCAAAGAGCUCAGUGACAAGAGCACCAAGAUGUCUUUUGCUGGCACGGUAGCCUGGAUGGCACCAGAAGUCAUUAGGAAUGAGCCUGUUUCUGAGAAAGUAGACAUCUGGUCCUUUGGCGUUGUUCUUUGGGAGUUGCUAACAGGAGAAAUCCCUUACAAGGAUGUGGAUUCCUCAGCCAUAAUCUGGGGUGUGGGCAGUAACAGCCUCCACCUGCCUGUGCCCACCAGCUGCCCCGAUGGUUUCAAGAUCCUGCUAAGACAGUGCUGGAAUAGCAAACCUCGGAACCGUCCAUCUUUCCGUCAGAUCCUGUUGCACCUUGACAUUGCCUCGGCUGAUGUACUCUCUACACCGCAAGAGACCUAUUUCAAAUCCCAGGCUGAAUGGCGGGAGGAGGUGAAGCUACAUUUUGAAAAGAUUAAAUCAGAGGGGACAUGUCUACACCGCUUGGAGGAGGAGUUGAUCCAUCGACGGCGAGAAGAACUCAGGCAUGCCUUGGACAUCCGAGAGCACUAUGAACGCAAGCUGGAGCGAGCCAACAACCUUUAUAUGGAGCUCAAUUCCCUUAUGUUACAGCUGGAGCUCAAGGAGAAGGAGCUGCUCCGGCGGGAACAAGCUCUGGAGAAGAAGUACCCAGGGCUCUUUAAGCACCAUCCAUCCCGCAGCCUCCUCCAUGGCAACACAGUGGAAAAAUUGAUCAAGAAGAGGAAUGUGCCUCAGAAGCUCUCUCCACACAGCAAGAGGCCAGACAUUCUGAAGACAGAGGUGAUCAUGGAUCCAGCUCUGCCCCAGCUUGCCAUCCCCGUGUGCCAGAAAGGUCCCCCGUCACCCGGGCGCAGUCGCCGGGCUAAGUCACGCUACCGUAAGGUCAGCACUCGGGGCAGUUGUGGGGAGCUGGCUGAACCUGGAGGAGCCAAGCGCCUGGAGCCCUGUGCUGCUCUGCGAGGCCUUCAGCAUGACCUUUUACUACGCAAGAUGUCGUCUUCCAGCCCUGACCUCAUCUCCACGACUCUUGGGGCUGAGAGCCGUAAAGGGGCAGCCGGGCCCGAAUCCCCACCGACAGAGCAGCCCCGCAGUGAAACCCCCAGUGAAGAUACUGCCUCAGUGCCAUGCUCCAGCAGCCCCGAGUCUCCUUCUUCCCGACAAGGUGCUGUAGGUCCAGCUGGGAAAGCAAGGCUGCAACCAGGAGAGGAGGCUGAUAGAGAACAAGGUCGAGGAAGCCGAGCAGGAGCCACCUCUCAAUCCCAACACCUCACGCCAGCAGCUCUGUUGUAUCGGGCAGCUGUCACCAGGAGCCAGAAGCGUGGAGUCUCCUCAGAGGAGGAGGAGGGCGAGGUGGACAGUGAAGUAGAGCUUCCCCUUCGGCAAAGGUGGCCUCAGACCAUGAGCAAGCGGCAGUCACUCUCCACUUUCAGCUCGGAGAAUUUCUCUGAUGGAGAUGGCGAAGAAGGCACUGCCAGCGAGGGCACCACAGCUUCCCACAGCGGUGGCACGCCAGAUGUGGCCAGCACCAAUACGGACGAACGGCUGGAUGCAGAGCGUUCAGAUGAUGAUAUCCUGGGACACUCGGAUGGGCUGUCUGAAAAGGAGGCAGCCAUCCGUCUCGUCAAACGCCAGCUCAGUGCCGAGCAGAAUGCAGGAGAGGACCCUGCCGCCUACGAAGAUUCAGACUGUGACAGUGCCGAACUGGACCAUUCAGGCAGUGGGGAGGUGCAGAGACUUCCAGACAUGCCCAAUUUGUGAACUCACCCGCUCGGCUUUCCCUUCUUCAGGUUGUACAGACCCGUCCUUCCUCUGCCUCUCUGCACCACCACCAUCUCCCCAGAUAUUUAUAUAAAUAAUCUAUAAAGCUCUAUAUAAAUAUAUAUUAUCUCAUAAUCUCUGGAAGGAGAGCCAGCACGCCUCAUCACCUCCCUCCCUGCCCUCACUUCAGCUUCCUGCAUUCUCUCGGACUGGCUGGGUUUGCGUGUGUGGGUCUCAAGGGUCACUUCCUGCCAUCGGGACUCGCUGUUUUCACUUGGGACAACUGGAGACACAGAACAAAUGAACACAAAACCAAGCAACUUAUAGUCAUUGCCCUUCCAACUGAGCAGGGCGGCUUGUGCCCUAUGCUGAGAGGAAUUGAUCCCUUCUACUCUACUUCCUCAAGUCCUGAAUAUUGUGAGUUCCAACAAAGGACCCACCAGUUCCGGCCAAGCCCAAGGAUUCACCAAUGAGUCCAAGAAGCAAAGUAAGAGAUUGAGGAAAGAGUUGAGCUGGAAAUGUGGUGCUUUCAUCUCCCAGAGGAAAUGGCAAGGUGCAUCAACGGGGCUCCAGAGCUCUUUGCUACAUCUCGGCUGGAGGGUGUGCAUUUUGAGCCUCAGCCAGACUGUCUCUGAGAGGGACUUAAUGCAUGUUUGGGCCACAGUCAGCAUGGAAACUCCCUUCUCCCCGUCCCACUAAGCCACAGCGUGAAAAAUAAGUCUUUCCCAUUCCUCUUAUGUAGCCCUUUGCACAAAUAACAACCAAAGCCAGAGUGCAACAACCUCUCAAAACACAAACACACAUACCCAUGCUCCAGUUCUUGGGAAUGGGGUGCAUAGCCCCAAAACUACAGUAUCUGCUCCCUUCCCUCAUCCUCCAGCACCCAACCAUACUGGGUGAGGUUGGGUCAGUGAGUGUAUAUAUACACACACAUACACACCACACAUAUGUAUACAUGUAUAUACACUCAAUGUGGCCCAUUCACAAUUUUGGGAUGGGGAAAACAGCUCCAUUCUACUCUCUGCUGGCACCAACAUGCACUGCACUUUUUAAUUUAAUUAAUUAAUUUAUUUUAUUAAUUUAUAACGAGGAAUGUUUACAUUUGCACUUAAUGUGUGUCCCUGUCAGGUGGGUUUGUGUG